AACACAAUUGUUUACUUGGCCGAGUUUUAGCUGGAACAUGUUGGGGCAAGAACCCAAGUUGUAUAAGUGCUAAAUUUUGAUUUAAAACGCGAAACUACCCGAGACUCAUACUGUUUUGCUGCGAAUAGCAUCGCUGUCUGAGUGUGUUGUGUUGAAGUCGCAAGAAUGUUCGUUUUGAACCGUGUUUUGUUUGCUGGGAGCAUCAUCGUCCCUGAGAGCACCUCCCUCACAGCGUGCCACUUCUCCGCUGUCCACCGCCUGACAUGCCCCAAGAGGAACAGUCCCUACAGUUCUGUGGACAGUGAGCGCUACUCUUCUCUGGUGAAAUCCGUCAUGUCCUCCAGGGUCAGCUCUCAGACCCCAGAGACCCUCCAAGCGGAAGAUGACCACGUUUAUGGACCAGUUGUCAAAGCUCAGACGCCUUCACGGACCGAGCAAAGGCUCCCCAAAACUCUUCAUCCUUUCAUAAAUUCUGAAAGGACUGUAGAAACGGAGGAGCCAGAGGCGGGACCCCCAGCCCGGAUUUUGUUAAAUCGGGGUAAGAGUAGGCCGUUUUUCCCGAGUGUGACUCGGAUUCUUCAGCAGACACUUUCUCCAGAGCAGAUCUUCUACCUGGAGAGAUGGAAGAGGAGGAUGAUCGCUGAGCUGGGAGAGGAGGGCUUCAAGGAAUACAGUCAAAAUAUAUUUAAACAAGGGAAGCUUUUCCAUUCGGCUCUGGAGGACAUUCUGACCUCUGCGGACACAUGGAGGAACAAGACUCUCUCAGAGACACUGCAGUGUCCUCCUGAAGCGCAAGGAUACAUGCAGAGCAUCUCUCACGUACUGGAGGACGUCAGUGCAGUGAGGGCCAUUGAAAGCUCUGUGCAGCACGGUUCCCUGAAUUACUUGGGAAUUGUGGACUGUGUCGCGCGUUACAGGGGUGUGCUGUGUGUCAUAGACUGGAAAACCUCAGAAAAACCCAAACCAUUCUUGAGCAACACAUAUGAUAACCCUGUUCAAAUUGCAGCAUAUGCCGGGGCUCUGAACAAUGAUGGCAACUACAAAUACCAGGUUGAAAAUGGCCUCAUAGUUGUUGCCUACAAAGAUGGCUCCCCUGCUCACGCUCACCAGAUAAACUCGGAGCUGAUGUCAGAGUACUGGAAAACUUGGUUGAUACGCCUAGAGGACUACAGAGAGCAGAGGUCAAGUGCUUCAUCGAGUACGUCUCCUGAAAAGUGAUAGAUCUGCACUGAAAAGCUCCAGCUUAACAACUGAAGCCUGAAUUAGAA